UGCCGCUUACAUUUGUUUAACUUUUCUCAAUUAAACGCAAAAUGAUUAAAAUUAAGCGAAAACCAGCACCUCCGCCGGUUGAGCAGGACUCGGACAGUGAUUCCAGCAUUGAAGCAGAGGAGCCGCAGGAUGUGGAUAUCCAGGAGGGGCCAGUUACCGACAGCAGCGAUGAGGAAGCUGCCUCCAGCAGUAAAAAACAGCCGAAGAAGGAGGAGUCUGGUGAGGAUGUAGACGAGGAUGAGGACGAAGACGACGAGGAGGACGACGAUGAGGACGAUGAUGAUGACAAGAAGACACGCAUUCCGGUCUUGAAUCCGCUCAGCCUGAUGCGCAACAAGGAGCAGCGUUUGGCCCUCUACAAAAAGAUGAAGAAGGAGAAGCACAAGAAAAAGAUGCAGGAGCGACGUGCCCGCCGCAAGGCAGGAGUCCCUGCCAAUCCGGGCCACACCAUAGAGAGCCUGCGCGAGAAGGACCAGACAGAGGUGGCCAAUCUCAACGACUCCGACAACGAGGAGCUGCAAAAGGAGCUGGAACUGGACGAUUUUAGCUCGUACUUCGAGCGCUCCUACGAGCCCAAAGUGCUGAUCACAUUCGCUGACAAUCCGGUGACUAAGACGCGCAAAUUUGGGCUUGAACUGUCGCGCAUAUUCCCCAACGCUCUGGUGAAGAUCAGGAACAAGUCGUCGGUAAAGAAGAUCUGCAAGAGCGCGGAGCGCGAGGAGUUCACAGACGUGGUGAUCAUCAACGAGGAUCGCAGGAAGCCGAAUGGCCUGCUGGUCAUUCAUCUGCCCAACGGCCCCACUGCACACUUCAAGCUGUCCAACGUGAAGCUCACCUCGGACAUAAAGCGCGACCACAAGGAGAUAACCAAGCACAGGCCAGAGGUGAUCCUGACCAACUUUACCACCCGUUUGGGUCUGACAGUGGGCCGCAUGCUUGGCGCCCUGUUUCACCAUGAUCCAGAGUUCCGUGGCCGCCGUGCCGUGACGUUCCACAACCAGCGAGACUACAUAUUCUUCCGCCACCACCGCUACGAGUUCUCCAAGGAGGGCAAGCGCGUCAAGCUGCGCGAACUGGGGCCGCGUUUCACCCUGAAACUGCGCUCCCUGCAGGAGGGAACCUUCGACAGCAAGACCGGCGACUACGCCUGGAUCAUCAGCAACAAGCGGCACGCCAUGGAGUCCCGACGACGCUUCUUCCUCUAGUUGUAUUUCGGGGCAUUGUAUUUAGGUAUAGAGAGCUUAAUAAACCAACUGAUAAUACAAACAUAA